AUGGCGGCAGUGGCGGGGGCGCUGCCAGUGCCAGUGGCGGUACCGGUGCCAGUACCGGUACCGGUGGCGGGCGCGGAGGCGGCGGGUCCGGGGGAGGAGGCGGCGGCGGGCGCGGGGCCGGCCGGGGCGAGCCGCCUGGCCCGGCUGCCGCUGGCCCGGGUGAAGGCGCUGGUGAAGGCGGACCCGGACGUCACCCUGGCCAGCCAGGAGGCCGUGUUUGUCCUGGCCCGGGCCACGGAAUUGUUUGUUGAGACCAUAGCUAAAGAUGCCUAUGUGUACGCACAGCAAGGAAAAAGGAAAACUCUGCAGAGGAAAGACCUCGAUAAUGCCAUUGAAGCUAUUGAUGAAUUUGCUUUUUUGGAAGGUACUUUAGACUGAGCUGGACAGAGAUGGAGCUCCCUGGAAAAAGAGACUGCAGAGAGGCACGUGGGUUCAAAAAUAGUUCCUAGAAUUGAGACACUGAAAUGGCAACCAUAAUAUUUUAUAAAAUGUUUUAAGUUGUUCUAAGUUCCUUAUUUAAAAUGCCUAUUUUUUCAUAAAUUCUUUGUAUGUCCUUUAGCUGGGCCAUGCUGCAGACUGCUUUCCAGCUUUGCCCAUGUUGCAGGGCAGUGGCUCAGGAGAGCAGUCCCUGCCACAGAGCUGUGAGGGUGGUGUGGCUCACAUUCCCAGGCAUAGUUAUUUUUUAAUUUUUGUUUUUUAAAUGGAAAUGGGUUUUUCUUUGUAAGUACUUGUUUAUUGGCCAAACACAAUAAAAUUUCUGUUGUUGUUGCACA